CAACUGCCUAGUGAUAUGUUAUUGAAUUCAUAACAAUGAAACUCACGGUAAUUUUAGCAUGCCUCGUUUGCGUAGCAAUUGUGGAGGCGCAAUCCGACCUAGUAAGGGAAAUCCUUAAGCGGAAGAUCGCAUCCAUCCUGGCCAGACGUUUGGCCCACGAUGGCCAACUGGGGGAGUCAAGUAGGGACUACGCAAGUGGCAGACAUUACGCUGGUAGACGGUAUGAUAAUGGGGCAAGUGGUGCUGAAGGAGCCGCGUUCCAUAAUGCGGGUAGACGCGAAUUCCACAAUAUUGGACAUCAUCAUAGCGAUCUAUUACCGAUUCAUCCGCAAAACUCAUCCGAAUUAUUUUAGUUCCCGAUUCAUCCGAAAAAAUAUUCCCGAUUCAUCCGAAAUCCAAAUUAUAAUUAUAUAAUUACCAAUUCAUCCGAAAAAAUAUUCCCUUUUCAUCCGGCAUGAAAAUAUCCUUAAAUAAGACAAGAAAAAGUAUAGAUAGCAGAAAAAAUAUUUUAAAAUAUAUUAACUCAUAUUUUUAAUAUACUGUAUUAGGUAUUACAAAUUAUAUGUAUGUAUAAAUACAAGUACUCACUUUUUUACAAUAUUUUUUCACUUUUUAACUGACUUCCCAAAAAGGAGGAGGGUCUCAACUGCCGAGUUGUGUUUUUUUGUGUGUUUGUACAUCGAUAGCGCCCAAACGCGUUGACCGAUUGAUGUGAUUCUUUUUACAUUCGACCCGAAAUAUAUUCCGAGUGGGCCCAUUUCAAGAAUAUUUG